AUGCGGAUGAUCGCGGGGCAUCUUCUCCAGCUCCGCAUGGUCCGCGCCGUGGGAUAUUUACGCGAAUUGCAGGUCUUUUUGACGGUCUUUGACGGCCCGACGUGGGGAAUGAGGGCGGAGAUGCAUCUCCUCGCGGCCUGCGUCGCCCUGCACCUCUCCCUGCGGGAUCUCCCACGCGGCGACGUCGAAAGCGAAAAGGACGGAGGGGUGGUGGAGGCUUUUUGGUCGUAUUGGGACCGGGCCCAUCCCACAUGGGGCACCGCCGAUGGCGAGAGCUUCCAAAGAAAAGGAGAACUCGCGGAGGAAGAUGGAGGCGGAAGGGAUCUGAUCGCUCGGGAUGUGGGGUUGCCGAUGGCGCAUUUAUUAACGGCGGAAUGGUAUCUUCGAAGCUGUAGUGUGUCGUCGUCUGAUUCUUCCUCGCCGAAUAUGCUGCUUCUCAAUCUUUUUAAGGCGAUCGCGGUGGGAAAGGCAAUGACGGGGAAAGUCGAGUUGGAGCUUUUAGGUGAACCCCUCUCAUCAAGCAACACCCUCACGAACGGGUUAAAACGACCACCAAUGCGUAGCACCAAUGAUCUCAGAGAGGAAACGGAGGCAAUCAAGCCUAAACGACCUCGUUUAGAGGAAAGAGGCGAUUCUAAAAUCGACGAAGGGUCUUUCCAUUCCUGCGGGUAUGCAUUGCGGGAGGUUGCGUUAUCGCAGCAAAGACGCUGUGCUACUGCUUUCGCCCGCAUCAUGCACUCUUUAACGCAUCUCUAUCAGACAACACACCAAGAAGAAACUAUCAAUCGUGACCUGGAUUUAACUCCUCACAGCAUCUUAAGCUCACCAAAUGAACAUAAAAAGGGGGAUUCUUCUUUUUCAUCGUGGUCUUCACUUCAUCGCACGUUGUUGCUUUUUCUAAAAGGCUUUCUAGCGUUAACGGAGGAUUGUGAUAAGGACGCAGCGGUGAGGGCCUUUCGCCUCGCCGUGAGCAGUUCCUGGCGCCUCCUCAGUCCCUUCCACCCCUGCGUAAUUGACAGCCUCGUGCAGCUUACCACACAAAUAACGGGAAAACAAAUCGUUGGGGAGAACAAAGGGGAUCUUGUAUGCACCGAAAGGGCGUUAAAUCUCCAAAAUGAUUCGGAAGAAGAGGAGGUACGUUUGCUUUGCUCGUUUCUGAGUUCUUUUUUGAAUUCUGUCGGAAAAGAGGACAAAAAGGAAAGCGGGGAAGCGGAAGGGGAAAGGGAGGCAAACGAUUCAUUGGUGGGUAUCGUGUUGCGUGCGGCCGCGUGCGUAAGCUGCAGCGCACUUUUUCGUCUUUUGGAGGCCUUUGAAGGCGAGUCGCAAUCUUCAGGGGAGGUUACUUCAAAUUUAUCGCAAUCCAAGUUAAACUAUCCCCAACCCAUUUCUCAAACACCUUCUCUAGAAAGUAUUCGCGCAUGGUGGGGGAUGCAGGUGCGGCAGUUGUGUAUGAAUAAGAUACCAGGAAAUGGCUACGCGCCUCAGCUGCCGACAGGUGCCGCGCAACGGCGUGAUCUCAUCGCGGCUUUGGAAUUUCUUCCAAACAUAGCGGCAUACAGUAGAUUAAGAUAG